AUGCCUUCGGACGAUGGCGCUGUAAGUUCCAACGCGGCUCUUGCUGAUGAGCUCGAAGCCCUGAACUCCAUCUACGAAGCGGAAACGCUUGUCCUCCAACACGACAGCUCCAGCGAGGCCACCGCGGUCCUGCGACUGCCCGACCUCCCAUUCUCUUUCCUGGUCACGUUUCCCUCCGACUAUCCCGAUGUCCCUCCAGCGAUCAUUGGUACCCAGUCGACCGGUGGAAGUGGACGCGGCGAGGGAGAAGCGGCGGUGACGGUUCUGCGAGACGUGCUCGCCCAAGUCUGGACGCUCGGUCAGGUUUGUCUGUUCGAUCUGGUGGAAGAGGCCGGGCCGAUACUCCAGCAGCAGCACGAACAGCACCACAGCGAGCGUCAGCAUCCCGAUCCUGACUUCAAUCAUGGCGCGGCUCAAAAUCACAGCCAAGAUGCUCCGAGCAGGUCCGCGUCCUCGCCUAGUCAGCAUAAAUCCCAUGAUUCCGGCCUGACCCUGAUUCCUGAUGCAGCAUCCUCAAACGUGCCUCCACCGGCGUGGACACUCUCCGAGCCUUUGACGGUCAACAAGUCGACGUUCAUCGCGCGCGCCUGUCCUGUCUCGUCGCUGCCUGAGGUGAUGGACUCGAUCUCUCACCUCCUGGCUACAAAUAAAAAGGUGGCGACGGCUACACAUAAUAUAACUGCGUGGAGGAUUCAGGGUGGUGCCGCCAACGCGACCGUCAACGCCAAUCCCAACUCACAGAAAGUGAACAACGCCACUCCCAACUCACAGAAAGUAAAUGCAGCGACUACAAUCCAAGACUGCGAUGACGACGGCGAGACCGCGGCAGGAGGGAGGGUGUUGCAUUUGAUGCAGUUGAUGGAUGUGUGGAAUGUCCUGGUGGUGGUGACGAGAUGGUAUGGAGGAGUCAAGUUGGGUCCGGACAGGUUUCACGCCAUCAGCUCGGUGGCCCGGGAGGCAUUGGUUAAGGGAGGGUUUGUUAAGGAGGAGGGUAAGAAGGCCAAGGGUAAGGGGAAAGGUAAGAAGUGA